AUGCCGACGCUUUGCAAGCUAGCUGGGCCCAAGAAUCAAGCUUGCCGGAAAAAUGGACAUCUAUACGCUGUGGCACUUCUACUGGCGUCGAUUUUCAGCUCGAUCAGCAUUCAUCAGCUCUAUGGAGAAUGUAACCGAGUCGGGAUACAGGUCCGCGCUGCCUGCACGGCUCUUGUGUUCCGAAAGUCGUUGCGCUUAUCUGUGGUCCGUGGAGGCGCCGGGGAGGUCAUCAACAUUUAUUCUACAGAUAUCUCGCGACUGGUGGAUGCAGUUACAAACUUCCACUUCCUGUGGUCGGCUUUCCUCGAGGCUACGGCCAUCGUCGUGAUAGCCUUCUUCGAAGUUGGCAUCUCGGCUAUCCCUUGCCUCGCUUUCGUUAUAAUGCUGCUGCCCGUGCAGAUGUACCUAGGGAGCAAGAUCAGUUCUUUGAACCGAGAUCAGACGGCUGUCACAACAGGUCGAGUGCACAUCAUGUCCGAAAUACUCACGGCGAUCAAGCUUAUCAAGUUCUAUGCGUGGGAAGCACCCUUCACCGACAAGAUUGAGGACAUCCGACACCGCGAAAUCACGCUGAUCCGACGCGGCAUGAUAGUCAAAGCCAUCAACUUCACUGUUGUCUUUGCUGUUCCCGUCUUUGUCGCCCUGGCGUCAUUGGGCAUGUACAAGGUCGCGCUGGGAAACACCCUCACGGCUUCGAUCUCUUUCACUGUUCUCUCAGUGUACAACACUCUGCGUUACCCAUUCCUGAUGUUGCCGCUAGCCGUCCGAUCAACAGCUGGUGCCAUGACUUCGCUCGGUCGUUUGAACGAAUUCCUUACCCUUGCUGAAGUCGAAGAGUUGAAGCCCCAACCACCGCCGAAAGGCCGCGACCUUGCAUUUGAGGUCAAGAACAGCGACUUCAAAUGGGACGGCAUUGAAGUACCGAAGCCCACCCUGCAGAAUGUAUCUCUGGAGAUCAAGAAGGGGGCGAAAGUUGCAGUGAUUGGUGACGUCGGAUCUGGUAAAUCUUCCUUGAUCGCCGCCUUGCUCGGGCAGAUUCGCCUCGUGCGCGGUGAUGGCAUGAAGAUAUAUGGAACGACUGCCUACAUGUCUCAGGAGGCGUGGUUGCUGAAUGUAACACUCCGCGAAAACAUCUUGUUCGGUAAGAACUUUGACCGCAAGCGGUACCAGGAGGUCGUGCGAGUCGCCGCUCUUCAACGAGAUUUGACCCUUCUCAUCGCUGGAGACAAGACCGAGAUUGCCGAGCGUGGUGCUAAUUUAAGUGGUGGCCAACGCCAGAGAGUAAGUCUGGCUCGAACGGUCUACUACGAUGCCGAAAUUCUCCUUUUGGAUGACCCUCUUUCGGCCGUGGAUCAACACGUCGGUGUGCACAUUUUCGAAGAAUGUUUCAUGGGGUAUUUGAAGGAAAAGACCGUCGUGGUGUCGAUGAACCAGCUUCAAUACUUGCCUCGCAUGGACUACAUCAUCGUCAUGAAGGAAGGGCAGAUUGCUAUGCAAGGCACUUUCGACUACCUCCUUGCCAACCAUGCUGAGUUCACUGAAUUCUGCACGUCGGAAGUCGAGGAGCUGGAGGACAUGAUGAACGAGCGCAAGGGGCAGUUGGUACAGGAAGACACGUCUGCGGCCUCCACCGGUUUCGCGGAUUUCGCAAAAUACGGCCGAGCAGCGAAGCAUAGCGGAGCAGGUCCGAAGACUACCCUUCUGGUCAUGGCCUUCUUCUUUGUCGUCCACGGUGUUCGUAUCGGCUCGGACUAUUGGCUACGACUGUGGGUGCCGAGAACCGGAAACUUCACGGACGCAGUGUACCUUGGAGUGUAUGGAGUAUUCACUGGUAUCUUUGCGACAGGAGUGCUGACUCGUGGUCUGCUCUUUGCCUUCCUCGCCACCCGUAAAGCAGCCGACCUGCACGAUAAUAUUUUUGGAGCCGUCAUCCGCGCGCCCAUGUCGUUUUUCGACGCUACGCCGUUGGGCCGUAUCCUCUCCGCAUUCUCGAAACAUCAGUUGCACGUCGACGAUACCUUACCUGACGCUGCAAUGCAAGGUCUCCAAUAUGCGCCGUUGGGCCUAGGUGCGCUUCUCCUUUGCGCGAUUAUCGUUCCUUGGAACUGGGCUCCCUGCAUUGGGCUUGUCGUCAUCGGGGCAGUGGUCCUCAAGCUCUCCACUCCGGCGGAAAUCAAGACCAAAGCGCUUGAAGCCGUUACGAAGCCCCCGAUUUUCAACCAUCUUACAGCCACCUUGGAAGGACUUUUCUCCAUCCGCGCUUACCAUGCCGAGAAGCGGUUCGACGACAUGAACCUGGAGAAACUUGACAACAACCAUGGUGCCAUGAUGGCUGCAAUGAAUGUGCGAUCUUUCCAGGCAUUAUACCUCGAUUUCCUUUCCUCCUUCGUGGUUUACUUCACCGCCCUUCUUUUGGUCGUCGCUCGUGGGAACAAUCCCGACCUCCCAUCGAUCACCGGACUCGCCCUCUCCAACGCCCUGCAAAUGCUUGUUUUCGUGCAGUGGACAGUACGUAUGGUCGGCGAAGUUCAAUCGCAGAUGUCUUCUGUUGGACAGUUGGUCUACUACGCCGGGGUCAAACCUGAAGCACCAGCGUAUGUUCCUGAGAAUCCGAUCCCGAAAGGUUGGCCAUCCGAGGGGAACAUCGUCUUCAAAGACGUGGUGUUGAGGUACAAGGAAGAUGGAGUGGAUGUUCUCAAGGACGUCAAUCUCGAAAUCAAAAGUACCGAGAAGAUUGGUAUCGUCGGCAGAACGGGAAGUGGCAAAUCCACGCUGUUGACCGCUUUGCUCAGAAUCGUCGAGAUUUGCAAAGGAAAGAUUGUGAUUGACGGCGUAGAUCUGAGUAAGCUAGGCUUGGCAGAGCUGAGAUCGAACAUUGCUAUUAUUCCGCAAGAGCCAGUCCUGUUUGUCGGAACAAUUCGCUCCAACCUUGAUCCGUUUGGCAAGUGUUCCGAUGACGAGAUUUGGAAGGCACUGGACUCUGUUCAACUCGGCGACAAGAUUCGCGACAUGCCGGCAAAGCUUGACAGCGAAGUCAUCGAAAAUGGAAAGAAUUUCUCAUUGGGUCUCCGACAAUGUGUCUGUAUCGCCAGGGCCAUCCUAUCCAAGUCAAAGAUUCUCGUGCUGGACGAGGCGACCGCUGCCAUCGAUUCACGGACUGACGCGAUGUUGCAAGAGACUAUCAAGUCCUCAUUUGCCGAUUUGACCGUGUUGACGAUUGCUCACAGAUUGAACACGAUCAUCGAGUCGGAUCGAGUCCUUGUGCUGGACGCAGGCAAAAUCCUCGAAUUCGACGAACCCAAGAAACUGCUAGACAACGAAAAUGGCGAUUUCCACGCCUUACUCAAGCAGACUGGGCCGGACGAGUACAGGAUGCUGUACAACCAGGCCGCCAAAGCUCAUGACGAGAGGGAGGCCAAGAAGCGAGUGGUCGUGGAGUAG